AUGAUGAUCAUCACCUGCAUAGAAAAAUAUCUUUUCUAUAAUAAGUUCAAGCGUGUUGUGGUUAUUAGCACAAGUUUAGCGACUGAAAUGAUCAGAGUGAGAGAAAAAUUCGAGGAUGUCAUGAUUGGAACAGGUUUGGAAAAGAUUUUAAGCGUCACUCUCAGUCACAAGCUGCCAUUCGAAUAUACAAGAAGCUUUUUAUUUUAUUUAAUUACUUAA